ACAUGUCUGCGAAUUUGUUUAUUUCCUUACUUGUGGUUCUCUUUGCCAACUCGGCUCUUUCGGCGUUGGUUCCACGUAUCCAAAAUGACAAUGUUCAGUUGGAGCCCAUAAAUGACAAUAAAUACACACUUAGAAUUAAUCAGCUUGGCGCUGUGCGCGAGGAGAACGUGGAAGAGAUUGCACCUGGAGAGUUUCUAGUUAAGGGUCAGCUCAACCAGCAGUUUGAACCUCAAUCCGGAACUCUGAUUGUUACCUAUGAAGCUGGUCGUAAUGGCUAUAUAGCCAAGUACACCUAUGUUACAAAAGAAGGUCUGCAAAUACCAUUGGGACUUAGUCCAGAUGCAUUGAAAUCAAUAACUGGCUAA